AUGACCACACAUAAACGCGAUGAUGAAGUCGAAGCUGUGGAGCUCGGCGCCGUUCAUAACAAAAAUCUAACACGCCAUGAUAGUGGAGAAAGUAGAGAUCGAGAUGAAUUGAUACGAUUGGGGAAAAAGCCAGUUCUGAAGAGAAACUUUGCAUUCAUGUCCAUCCUCGGAUUCAGCUGCACCAUUCUGAUAACCUGGGAAGGGAGCUUGACCGUAUUCAUCAGCGGUCUUCAAAAUGGUGGCCCCGCCGGAAUAAUCUACGGCUUUAUCUUCGUCUGGAUUGGAAAUCUCUCUGUGUUUUCCACGCUCUCGGAGCUGGUUUCUAUGGCUCCCACUUCGGGUGGUCAGUACCAUUGGGUUUCGAUGCUUGCGCCGCCUCGCUGCUCUAAAUUUCUGAGCUAUAUAACCGGCUGGUUGACUGUUACUGGGUGGCAGGGUCUUGUUGCUUCGGGUGGAUAUCUCACCGGGACGAUUAUUCAGGGUUUGAUCGUGUUGACUGUUCCUUCGUAUGCGGCGUCGAAAACUUCGUGGCAAGGCACGUUAUUGUACUGGGCAGCGAUUUUCUUCGCAGUCUUUAUCAAUACGGUAGUUAGUAGUUUAUUACCGAAGUUUGAAGGUUUGAUCCUGGUUCUACAUAUUCUAGGCUUCUUUAGUAUCUUGAUCCCUUUGGUUAUACUAGCACCGCAUGAUUCGGCAAAGGAUGUGUUUACUGGCUGGCUGAAUGAAGGAAAUUGGUCAAGUCAGGGACUUUCGUUUUUUGUCGGGCUGAUUGGAAAUGUUUUCGCGUUUCUUGGUGCGGAUGGAGCAUUCCAUAUGUCAGAAGAAAUCCGCAAUCCAUCUCUCGUAGUACCCAGAUCCAUCAUCCUGAGCGUAAUAUUGAACGGAAGCAUGGGUUUUGCAAUGAUAAUAGCAAUUCUAUUUUGUCUUGGAGACAUUGAUGCGGCGUUAUCAACAGACACCGGAUACCCAUUUAUCGAGAUUUUCUUCCAAGCGACUAGAUCUGUGAGUGGAUCGGCAACUAUGGCGUCGCUAGUGGCUGUAUUAGGUCUAUGCGCUACUGUUGGCAGUCUCGCUUCGACAUCCCGUAUGCUUUGGUCGUUUGCUAGAGAUCAUGGUGUGCCUGGUUGGAGAACCAUUUCAAAGGUUGAUAGUCGCACUAUGAUUCCGCUAUGGUCUAUCGCUAUCACAUGCGUUGUCUCAUGCUUACUUGCAUUGAUCAAUAUUGGGUCCGCGACCGUCUUCAACGAUGUUGUAUCUUUAUCUGUCGCUGGUCUCUACAGCUCAUAUCUCAUCUGCGCCGUCCUCUUACUAUAUCGUCGUCUCACUGGAGGGUUUCAAAAACGCGUAGACAUCUCUGACGGACCAGCUUUGGUAAACACUACAGGUGCUCAAUUGGUUUGGGGACCAUGGCAUGUUCCCGGAGUAUUCGGUAUUAUCAACAACACUUUCGCUAUUCUUUACUUGACUAUUAUUCUGUUCUUCAGCUUUUGGCCCUCUGCAUUACCUGUUACUGCAGCGAACAUGAACUACAGCUCUUUGGUUACUGGCUCUGUAAUGAUAUUUAGUAUAAUAUACUAUAUUAUACGAGGAAGACAUGAAUGGAAUGGACCAGUUGUCGAGAUUCAUUUGUGA